UGGAGUGUGACGCUGCGCGGACGCGACGAUCUGAUUGGCUGGACGCUCUUGCUGCGACGCUCUUGACGCGCUGUCCUGCAGCAGCGGCGAGGGGCAGACGCUCGCUCGCGGAGGUGAUGCUGAAGACGCUCUCGGCUUCUCUCAGAUCCGAGAGUUUUCCUAAAUGAUCAGCCGCACCUUGUUCAGUUCUGGUGUCUCCUCCUGUCUGUUGUCAUAGAAACGGCCAUCAGCUGAGAGACGGAGGACCACGACAUCACCAGCUGGAGAACAAGACUGCUACUUCACUGAGCCUGGUCUGGAUUCUGCUUUCACACAUCAGGACGAGAUGGAUCCGCUCGAGCGCCGCGCCGCUGAGGUGGAGCUCCAGACAACCGAGAGAAUAAAGUGUUUGAGCGAUGGAGGAUACGAACUGCAAAAUCAUCAGAUGGUGACAGACAUGGAGAAUAACAUCACAGUGAGCACACAUCCACUGGAGAGCACAGUACUGAUCAUCCAUCAUGACUGGCAAGACUUCCUGCAGACACAGGAUAUCCUGGAGAAGAGAAGCCCCUCCCCUCCCUCUCUGUCCUCAGACAAGAUGAGCACGUCCAUCAGCAUGACCACCCUAUCAGACGGCAGCACCCCUGUAAGCCCCACCCUCUUUCCUCUUCCGCAGGCUGUUGGUGUAGCUGCAGUAGUUUGAGGUGUUUGUUAAUUUUAGGUCAGUUUGGUCUGAAGAACAUGACGUUGAGGAGCAUCAAAUGCAUUUGGUAAUGCUGGUGUUCAGACAUGUUCCCUGGUAGUAAUCAAGAUAUUAUUUGACAUACCUUUGACUUACGUACUAUGU